CUGUCGGGAGAAAGGCUAGUAUAGUAGUAUAGCUUAUAUCAUAUGAUGAGCAGCUGACGAGUGAGAUUGAGCGAGAGAGAGACUCGUUCAGCUGAGAAAUUGAUUUUCACUCCUCUUGGGCUUCGUUUAAUAUAACGUUUUAUUCUCAUGAAAACUUGAACGCAAAGUUUUCACGGUGUGCUGUUGUUGCUGCUGUUGCUGCUCUUGUCUACAUCUACAAAAAGUGACUCGGUUUUCUUUGCUUAAUUUUGUGUGUGUGUAGCAGCGUUGCGUACACGUGAAGGCCUCUCGAUUGCCACUGUGACACAUACGUCUCUCUCUCUCUCUUCAUCGAUAAAUAAUGGAGAGCUACACCUCGGACUCUAGCGACAGCGAUUCGGCGGCGAAAACUCUGGAUUUGACCUAUCUCCAGCUCAACGAGGAGGUGCUGGACGAGCACGUCGUGAGCACGACGAAUCCGGAGCACGUCGAGACUCUGCUGCUGCACCACAAUCGCCUGUAUCGCCUGCCCGAGAGCAUAGCGCGUUUCUCAAAUCUCGUCACGCUGGACCUAUCGAGCUGCGGUCUACACAGGGUACCGGACUUCAUCGGCGGCCUCACGCAACUAGUCAGCUUCUCGGCGAAGAACAACAAUUUGGACAACGAAUCGCUGCCCAAAAGUUUGGAUACGCUGCCGAACUUGAAGGAAUUAAAUCUCAGCGGCAACAGACUGACUCAUUUUCCGGAACAAGUGCUGGACGUGCCUUGGUUGAGAUACCUCUACCUUGGAGGAAAUCAAAUUCGAGAAAUCCCUCAUGAUAUCUGGAAAAUUCAACGCUUGCAGUUAUUAGCUAUUGGAGGCAAUGGUUUGACAGAAGUGCCUUCGACAUUGGGACAAUUAAUUUCUUUACAAGUUUUGAACCUGUCAGACAAUAAUCUCGAGAGCCUGCCUAGAUCAAUAGCUAACUUGAAACAUUUGAAAACACUACUACUGCAUAAAAAUCGUUUGAAAACAUUACCCACUGAAAUUAUUACACUGAGGUGUCUCAUAGAGCUUUCGUUGCGAGACAAUCCAUUGGUAGUCAGAUUCGUGUCGGACAUGACGCAUGAUCCUCCUUCGCUCAAAGAAUCAGCAGCCCGAGUAGUUAAAACACUGGAAAUUCCGUAUAGAAAAGAGGAUUUACCUAGAACUCUGAUAGAUUAUCUCAACAGUGGUCACAGAUGCGUAAAUUCUCGGUGUCAAGGUGUGUUUUUCAACAAUCGCGUGGAGCACGUGAAGUUUGUGGAUUUCUGCGGAAAAUACCGACUUCCUUUACUUCAAUAUCUAUGCAGCAGUAAAUGCAUAGAACCAAGAGAACGAGACGCAGAGUCCGUCAGCGGAGCGAUGUUACGCAAAGUUUUGCUCGGCUGAUUGUUUAGAAUUUUUUACUUUUCUAUUUUUCAUGUAAAUAUACGAAUAUUCUGAUAGCUCAUUAUUUUUUUACUGACUACAUGUGGUGGAAGAAAUAUUAACUUUUAAACACCUGAAUUCGCAAAGAUAUCCGCACUGAUGAAUGCGUGCGCUUUUUCAUGUGAUUUUCAUCAAGUAGAUUAAAGAAAGCUUCAGGUAAAAAUAUUUUAUAAGAAUUUUUUUCAAUUAAUAUUAUAUUGUCCGUACAUAUUGAUCUCAUGAGUUAACGAACUUUACCCCGUAAUAAUGCGAUAUUUCAAGAAUUUUGUUAAUCACGUUAUGGAAGCAAGUAUUUAUUAAUUUCUUAUUGAAUGUAAUAACACAAAAAAAAAACAAACAAGUAUAUUGUAAAGGUUUAUAAGUUUGACAAAAGACAGAAAUUAACGUUAUUUUAAAUAUUUUAUUGUUAAAUAAACCACAAAAAUGUACAAUUACAAUAAUAGUGUAUACUACCAUUCAUAACGGCCUCAAUUUUUCAUGACAUAACUAAGUUAAAACUCUUAAAUUACCACAUGUCUUACGUCCACUCUAUGACACUCUAAUCCAAAUUAUAAUUGUGUCUCAUUGUUGUGUUAUAUUUAAAUUAUAUAUUUUUUUCAUUCAAAUUUUAGACUUUUUUAAUAUCAUUGGUUGUUUUCUUACGAACAUUCAUUUUCCUUUACUUGUAAUAUAUUAUAUUCAUACAUCAAAAAAAAAAUCUUACGAUGACGUAUCGUACAAUAGCGUGAAUUAUUAGUAGUCUUAAAACCUAGCUGGGCCAUCAUUUGUAUGAUGUUUGAAUUAAAUUAAUAAACAUUUCGAUGAACAAUUCUUGAAUAGUUGGUAUACCUUACAGUUUCACUAUUACAAGAGUUAUAAUUGUUAACUUUUGCGUACGUUAUCGUAACAAUUGGCCAUUUUUGUAUGUACUUUUUGUUUUUUUUGUUUUUGUUCCUCGAAAGUAACUUGAACUCCACCAUACAGCUUUGGAUUGUCAGCGUUUUGUUAGGAUUUAGGUGAGUUUAGGGCAAUGAAAGACGAAACAAAGUCUCUUAGCGUGUACGGAGUUGACUCGUGGAAAUUAUGAAUUUACUGAGUGAACCCUAUAAAAUGUAAAAAUUUGCCUUUUUCGAGACUUGACAUUACGAAGCAUAUAUUCAUAUUAUUGCAAAUUUAUGUCACAUCACUAAUUGUUUUCUUUUAUAGAAACAUAGUGCAUAAAAGCUAGUUUGAAAAUAUUACAGUGUAGGUUUAUUGAUGAUCCAAGGAUAUACCUAAAAAGUAUAAAAAUAAAAAUUUUCAUACUCAUUGAAAGAAAAAAAUAUUCGUGAAUAUCUAUUUGGUUGUUCUGUGGGUAUGUACGUAGCUUUUUAGAAAAAUAUUUCAUAAAAGUCAUUGCAAACUUGUUUGAAAAUUUUCAUGUGUAAGUUUAAGAAUUCUGCAGCAUAUUCAGUUCAUGCAUCUCAGGCAAGUUUACUUCAAGUGAGAAUCUACAACACGUACGUAUGCAUGCACAAUGUAUUCAUCCACACAUAUACUUAAAAAAAUCACAAAAGGCAUGCAAGCCACGUACAAUUUUGAGAAUUACGCUUUACGAGGAAGAUAUUUAAAACUUCAUGAAUAUAGGUAUUUCAUAGGUCUCGACGCGUAAAGGUAAAAUUAAACGAUUACCCAAGCUAAGCUCGGAUGUAAUUUUGUGUUGUAUCAUACGUUUAAAAAAAUUAGACAUUAGAAAAAGUUACCGGAUUUUUUUCAUAAUCUAUUAGACCAAUGAGGAAUCGUUCGUUACUUCAUAAUUGAUGAUAAUGUACUUGAAAAUGUUACGUCUGAAUGACAAGAAAAUGUAAGAAGAGUUCAUACACAUUAUUCGAAGUCCUUAAAAUGAACAGUCGGUUGAUUUGAGUCUUUACAAGUUAUUUAAUCGUCGCUUUAAAUAAUAUACAGAAUAAUCUUAUACAUACAUGAAUAUCGAUUCAACGGAAAAAUGUUUUAGAUAAAAUGAUAGAUAUAAAAUGAGAGGAUUUUGAAAGACACUUAUAAAACAAUUUUCAAUUAAUUAUCCAUUAAAUUUUUUUAUUAUUAUGAGUUAAUUAAUAAAUAUGCAUCACUAAAAUUAAAAUCGUCUCAAUGAUAUAAGUUACAAAAAAAUAAAAAGGGAUUUAGAUUCGGUCGAACAAUACAAUUAUUACAUUAUAUGUCAAGACUCGCGGCACUCGAACAGUAAAUUGUGACCAUCGUCCGAAGCAUGAGAACAUUAAUUUUUAAUCCCUUUGACGAUUCAUAAUUACGUUUUUCUGCCUCGAACAUAAUCCAAGGUGCAUUAUCGCUAAAUUGUUUAUUUUAUUUUUUUUUUAAUUUUAAUAUUAAAUUUUGUUUGCAUGCGAUUGGUGCACUAAACAAUGAAGUUGGCGCAUUAUCAUCGUUUACAUUUAUCUACAAGUUAUACGUAUAUGCACCCGAUUUUCAACACAAGCUUCACUGCAUUUUCAUUAUAAUAAUUAUUUAUCUCUCACGACUUUAAUUUCUCGCUCAUAUAUUCAUCGAUACAUUCACUACAUCACACUUAAUAAUUAUACACAUACGCAAGAUAUCGUCGUCAACUCUAGUUUCUAAACUUGAUUUUAUUUAAUAUUAAUUAGCUUUUUUAAAUGUAUGCGUUCAUUAAACUUUAUUGUAAAUGGUUAAUCGAUAUAACUAUUACCCAUAUUGUAAACAAUUAUUACACUUAUCGCCUUAGUUUUUUUCCUUUAUCUAGAAGUUGUGUCAAAAUAUGAAAGCAAGGAUCCUUGACACAGUUGUAUAUGAACAUUGAAUUUGGAAAUCAUGACUUCUAUUGGUGCUUUUAGGUAUUUUCAUGAAUUUGACCUGCCAUAUGUGUAAGGUUAAUAGAUUAUGAUAAAAUAUUUAAGAAAUAAUUAGAAAAAACUAUGAUAAAUAAUUUGCUAUGCAAAGAUCUCGAAAUAUUUACAAAAAAUUAUUGCAUUGGUCUUCAACUGCUGAACACACGUAAACUAUAAAACACAAUGGUUCUUGUCUCCAAUCCAUUAAUUUAUUUACAUAAAUUUCAUUUUAGCUUAUUUAUCAAAUGAAAGUCAAAGGCUUCUCGUUCAUUACUUAUAUACACAUUUAAUAAUCCCAAAUAAAAUAUUCAAGAUCUAUGUACUCUAAGCAUUCUCAUAUAAAACAGUAUAUAUAUUUAUAUACAUGCACUUUAUUUAAUUUUACUAUGCACCGUCAGGCUUACAACGCAUUUCAUAAGCAGGAACUGAAAUUGUUCGAUCGAAGUCAUGAUUCCCAAGCGAAACUUUAUCAGGCCCCAGCCGAGCAUGAAGUUUGAGUGAAGGGAGUGGCGCGAUUGAUAAGUGAAGCGGUAUUUUGCAAUUAUUCAACAAAUUCAAUUGUGAUCAACUCGUUAAACCUCAAAGGUUCAAUUCGCUCUUACACACACAUUUUUUUUAACGUCGAGGAGACAGUACAUAAUAGUGUAAGCUACUGCAUAUUUCAUGUAACAAAAUUCAUUGUUUGAAAUCAAUUAUACUUCAUGUGACUUGCUUUUGCUCCAUAUUUUAUAUAUAAAUGAUUUUUUUCGGUAUUGAUCGAUUAACAUUUUUCUUUCGUAGUUGUCACAACAAAAGCUGAUUUUAUUAUUAUUUUAAUUUCACUUUUGUGGUUAAAAUUAUUUUGAAUAUGUAAUAAUAGUUCAGUUUUUUUCAUACAUAUAUUUAUAGAUUUAUAUAAUAUAUAUAAUAUAUAUUAUAUACUAUUUUUAUAUGUAAACUUUCGGUAUUUUACACGGGUUUGCUUAGUGUUAAAAUAGAUUAAACUACUUAUCGACAAUGCGCGUGGCUCCGAGACUUGCUCUAAUAACUUUUUUCAUUGUCGAUGAUCAGAAAUAAAAUUAUUAAUGGUAAUUAACUAACUGUUAUUCAUAUAAAAAACAGUUGGCCCAAGAAUUACAUAUACAAGUAGAAAUUUGAUCGUCGAAAUAAAGAAAAAGUAACUAUCUUCUAAUUUCUCAUUGUAACAAGUUAAUUGAUAUUAUUUUUAUAAAAAAAAAAAUGUAACCAAUUAAGCUUUGCGCAUAUCAUUUAACUCAGUUUGCAAAGCCUUUAAUUCACCGACAUUUACAAAGCUUACACAUGUCGUAUCUAAAAACUAAUUCCAGAAAACAAUCAAUGAAAUUUGCUCUAUACUGUACAAAUUAGAUAUUAAAUAUCCUUAUGCAAUUAAUGCUAAGUUCUUUCACUUUCGUAAGAUUUUCUUUAAUAAUAUUAUUCCAUGUACGUUUUUUGAAGUACAUACAUCAAUUCGACACCAAAGAUUUCUUUUUACUAUACAGUCAAAGAAAGGCGACUUGUCUUUCUCAUCCUUAUUCAUCAAUUGUUCAUUUAUUCUUAUGUUUUCCUAGUCGUACUUUUUAUAAAUACGCCAAACAAUAUCAGUUAGUUUUCUUUCAAAGUGAAGUACAUAAAAGCACAUUGCGUGUUAUGCAUGUAAAAUCGAUUGCGCAAUUCGUUUAAUAUAUAUUUUUUAUGUUAUUAUUCAAACGAUUGAUCGUCCGAUACUUGCACUUUUUUGCAAUAAUCCUCAAGAUGACAAGAGACUACAUAACGGUUAUUCGGAUUAUAUGUCAUUAUUUCAAAAAUUUGUUAAAAAUCAAGAAUCGUUUCACUUUUUUAUCGUAUCAUAAGUUUAUUUAGUCCAAUAAAUAUAUAUGUAUAUUAUAUAAGAUGUUAUUUUACGCAAAUAAGUUGUCGCCAGGCGGCGCUCACAGUUUUUCCAAAACGUCUAUAUCUUUAUCACGCUGACAUACAUUCAUUAAAUUUUCGCGAUAAUCUUGAGGUGUACGACAUUCCUGCCACUUUUUCAGUAGAAUUCUAUAUAUUUAUAUUUAUGAUAUAACAAUAUUUCUUAAAAUGUGACGAUGGUAUAGAAAUAUUUAAUACUAUACCACUUUUCAUGAAUGACUUUAUCAAUGUUGCGCUUAUGAUGUUUGUUUUUUGAAGGAAAACGUAAUUUAUCAUAUUAGAAAGAAGCCCAGCCUUCAAAGCUCAUUAUUUAAUUUUUGAUUUAAUAAACAAAUAAAUGGACGUAGGAGUUAUCAACGUUUGAACAAUUUAGUUGAAUGAAACAAUCUGUAAUAAAUAUAUACGAAGAACAUAUUGCAUAAAACAAUAUAUUCCAAUGUGAGGAAGACGUCCAAAUUUAAUAUUUGAGACCAAAGAAACAUGCAUGUUUUAGAUACCUAAAAAUGAAGCGCUUAUAUAUUAUUACUUUAAAUCCUGCAACCAAAUAAUUUGGUUACCAUAACAAACACGCAACACUUUUAACAAUAAAAUUUAAUGUAAUCUUUAAUAACGACAAUUUUGAUUUUUUUCAUUCAUUUUUUUGCAAACAGUAAUAUCAUAUACAACAUAGACUUACUUAAUUGAACCCGAUUAAAUUAUUCAAAACAUUUUCAUGAAAACGAGUGACAAACUUUAAUUGAUGCCCUAGCGGUAUAUAUCAAUAUCUACGUCAUAAAAAUAUGAGUAAAAACUUAAAACUACAGACAAAAAUAAAAUUUGUAUAAGAAUGAUGAAGUUAAAUGUGCAAAUAACGCACACCUAUUCAUUAUAACUUUUCUACAUUAGGGAAAUUCAAACAAUCGCCGAAUGGUUGCUACAGCCGGCAACACUUUUUGAUAUGUAGACGCUCAUCAGGUAUUUAAAUAAGAACAUUUUCAUCACGAUCUUUGCAGUAUCAUCGUUUACUCAACUUUCGUUAAUUUACUCGUUAGAACUUGAAACGUUUUGGUUAGAGCACUCGUUAUCUCGUUUCCACGUUACAUAAAAACUCUUUUCAUCAAAAAUUGACAUUUAAAAUUAAACUUAUACUGCGAAAAUACAAUACAUUGCAUAUUUAUAAGAUAGAUAGACAAUUCAUUAAUACAACAUGAGUUUCAAAUAAUUUGCUUUAUUUAAUGUCGGAAUGGUAGGUACCAACAUAGUCGAAAAAAUUUUUAUAUGAAUCCAUAUCCAUAUAAAUAUUAAACUAUCUUGAUUCCAAAAUUUUUAUCUUAGUCA